UGAUUGGUGAUGCUUCGGCAGGAAGCGUUAGGGUUCCACGCGUCUCUGUUGUGGUGGUAACUCGCCAGAGGUCUUCGGGAAAGCGGAAGUAGAGGUUUCCCGCCAAUACUGGUCUGAGUAAAGCGCCGGUACUUUGUCAUGGCAGACGUGUUUGAAGGGCCUCGGCCUCGCAUAGCCACAAGUCACCUGGCGCAGUACAUUGGGAAAGCCGUCUGUUUCGUGGGGCGUGUGGAAAAGAUACACCCAUCUGGGAAAUAUUUCUUUCUGUCAGAUGGAGAUGGAAAAAAUGCAACAAUUGAGCUGAAUGAACCUCUAGAUGAAGAGAUUUCAGGAGUCAUUGAAGUAGUGGGAAGAGUUACAAAUCAAGCAAACAUCAUGUGUGCAUCAUAUACCCACUUCAAAGACGAUAAAAGCAUGUUUGAUCUUCCACUAUAUAACGAGGCUCUGAAAAUUAUUCAUGAAUUUUCUGAGUACUACCCUUUGGGGGCUGAGGCAUGAAUGAUGCUUUUUCUUACAACUUUAGAAUGGACAGUUCUGUGAUAUUUACUAUGCACUAAUCUGUGGGAAAUACACUUGCCUAAAAUGUUUUGGAGGCAGUCUGGUAUGCCAGUGGUGUACAGUACAGAAACUGUUGGAUUUGGAUCCUUACCAGUGAAUUUAAAUAGAAGCUUAAUCUUGGAGAAAACCUGUUUCUAGUGAAAAGCUAUAUUUCUCAAUAAAUGAGCUUUUGAAUAUUUUGUUAAUAGACUAACAUUCAGGUAUAGUGGGCUUGGGAUACAUAUAUACAAAAAUACCUAUUUUGUCUGACUUUUGUGAUUUUUAGGUGAUCUUGUAUGUAUCAAAGAUAACUAGGAAAAAGUAUUAUUUCAUCUAACAGCAGAUAUAAAGAUUCUGCUGCUGUCAUGACAACAGUGAAAGCCCCCACCCCUACAAGUUUAGGAAUUGUGUUUAUUUUGGGCAUGGGUGGAGAGGAGAGGGUGAGACAAUUCCCUUGCUAUUCAGAAAAUAUGUUAGCUUGUACAUUUUAAAAACUCCUCAAAUUAUCUGAGCCUGUUCAGUUUCUCCAUAAUGUUGAUCCAGUUUAAUGGGGGAGGUGGGAAUUGCCUGGAGGGAGGGAGGUUCUCUUCUGCUCCCUGUGAGUCCUCAGGGGCACCAGCUUAUUUGCUGUACAUUGAGUUUCAUGAUUGAGUACCUAGCAAGUACUGUAGCCAUUCACAGGUAACGUGAGGGGUUCUGUAUACUAACUACCCAGGCAAGCAGAAAAAUUAGUGUUACUUGGAAAAGACCGCCUGUUACUCCACAGUCUGGCUAUGCUAGUUACACUCUGGUUGGCACUGCAUUUUUUAAAAAAGAAUCAUUUAAAUUUUAUUAGUUUUUCAAAUAAUAUAAUAUCUAACAAUUAUGCAGUUGCUUAUGCUCAAAACAAGUAUCGAGUGUGGUUGGGGUGGUGACACGUGGGGAGGAAAAUUUAACUUGGAGCAGCUCCCUGCUCAUCUGGCCGCAGAUCUGCAGUUUGUGCUAUAGAGUUAUUGUGUAAUAGUGUUAAGACUGCUGAAGUACAGGAUUACAUAGGCAGGAAAC